GCGAUAGCUCCUCUGUGAGCCGCGGCGAGCGACUGAGUCCGAGUGAAGCCAUGGGCCAUGGCGAGCGCGUCUCCCAGUGAUUGUGUAGACAGUGAGCUGAGCUGCCCCAUCUGCCUGGGCACGUUUGACUGCCCCUCCACGCUGAGCUGCGGACACUCGUUCUGCAUCCGGUGUCUGGACGGUUCCUGGGAGAGAGCGAGCAGCUUCAGCUGCCCGCAGUGCCAAGCGGCCUUCUCUGAGCGGCCUCAGCUGAAGAGGAACGUGGCGCUUGCCAACCUGGUGGAGCAGCUCAAAGUUGGAGAGAGGAUGGCCGGAGUUGUCUUCUGUGGUGGCUGUGAUGAUGGGGAGACUCCUGCAGUUAAGACCUGCCUCAGGUGUGAGAUGUCCCUGUGUGAGUCCCACCUGAAGCCUCACCUGAAAAACCCCAAGUUGAUGGACCACGUCCUGGUGGCUCCCAUUGUCAGCCUGGAGGAGCGAAGCUGCCAACAGCAUGGAGACCCUUACAGGUUCUUCUGUAAGCAGGACGAGAGCCUCGUGUGCAGGGUGGACUGCACCAUCGCAGGAGACCACAUAGGACAUCGGGUCAUCACGCUCAAGGAUGAGCACGAGACACGUAAGAAUGGAGUCGGAGAGGAGACGCGAGCGGUGGAGGAGAAGAGGAAGAAGGCGGAGGCGUCCGUGGGACAGAUGAAGGCCGCUCGCAAGGACGUGCAGGAUUGCAUGGUCCAGACCAAGGCUCAUAUCUCAGGCGAGUUCGCCCACAUGAGGGCGAUGCUGGGUGACGAUGAGAAGACGGCUCUGGAUCGCGUGGAUGUGAAGGGGGGCAAGCUGCUGUCCCGGAUCGAGGAGAACAUCGCUCAUUACGAGCACGAGAUCAGCGACCUCAAGGCAGGAGCCACGCGCCUGCGCGCUCUGCAGGAGGAGAGGGACUCGCUCACGUUCCUGCAGGUUCACCUGAAGGAGACAAACCGGAGAGACGCUCAGAAGGAAGCUCCACACUCAUCUCCCAGCAAAGAAGAUAUUGCCACGAUAAGCGCACAGCAGGGAGCUCUGAUCAAACUGCUGCCGUUCAUGUACGGACGCUCACCGACUGUGGACCCAAACUCGGCCUGCAACUACCUCCAGAUUUCCUCGGACCUCAGGACGGUGAAGUGGACCGCUGUCUCCCAGGGUCGCCCCGAUCACCCACACCGCUUUGAUUGGUGGUACCAAGCCCUGUGCUCCGAGAGCUUCUCGUCGGGUCAGCACUACUGGGAGGUGGACGUGGGGGGUGCGGCGGGGAGCUGUGAGGUUGGAGUCGCGUACGGAACGAUCGCACGGAAAGGGCGUGGUGACGAGUGCAGGCUGGGAAGGAACGACUCAUCCUGGGUGUUAUAUAAAGAUAACAACAGAUGCGACGUGCAUCAUGGUGGUGUCUGGACCUCAGUGCCGGUGAGGAAUCCUCCCCGGAUAGUCGGGUGUCACCUGCACUGGGAGGCGGGGCUGCUGUCGUUUUACCGCGCCAACUCAAUGGAGCUGCUGCACUCCAUCCACCACUCGUUUAGUCAACCGCUCUACCCCGCACUGGGUGUGUAUGGUGAUGUUGGUGACACAGUGAGGAUUCUGGAUCUGAGUCGUGCGUCCUGAGAGCACGGAGUGUGAGCAGCGCAGAGGAACGGGCACAACGCCCAGACUCGUGCACACAAAGACACAGAUCCCCCCGUAUAGCGUGAACAGGCUGUAGGGGCAAGUGCUGCCAGCAAGCACCUAUAAAGGCCGGCACUUCACACGAGGGUGUGGGUGGCCACCACCACGCCUGGCCGCCUUUGUCUCCCAAGUGGCGAUGUUUACUCAUCGCACCAGGUACUUAUUUGAGGCUGAGACGACCUAGGGGAGACCCAU